AUGUUUAAAUCCAUGGUGGGGUAUAGGCGUAUACCGGGGCUCUCUAUACGAUCUAUACGAAGUUAUAGAGCGGCCCGGGAAUCUCCCAUACGCUCUGUCAUUGAGAACUCAUCACCAUCUCAUCACCGCACCACACAACUAAAGUUCAAUCCACAAGAUAAAAGUACUGAUUUUACAUCGUUCGGAUUAUUACCCUUCAUCCAGGCAAAUAUCAACCGUGUGUUUGGAGUGGUGAAACUGGGAGACAUCCCGAAAAAGAAUGUCGGACCCACUGAAGACCAAAGACUUAUUUUGUCAGUGUUAAGUUCUCACCAUAGUGUGGUCCAUCGCGGAGGUCAUUCCCAAUCAGGAAAGAGUUUUGCAAUGGCUGCGUAUGCGAUGAAUUAUUCCUUAACCAGAAUGCCCAAUUAUGGGGCUCUAUCAAGACAACAAAAGAGUGUAGAUAGUGUCAUAUUGGUGCCAACUGCCAAGGCAGUAGAAGAAUAUAGGAAAUACUUCGCACAGUUAACUGUUGGAAUUCCUAGCCUGUGUUGUCCUGACCGUAUAGAAGACGACAAAGUUAGUCAUAGACCGUUGGUGAUUGAGUAUUUGAAGGGGGACAAAACCGAAGUAUAUGUUAGUGGUACCAAUGAAGACUCCAACGCCAUCCCGCAUAUCUUGGUAUGUACACCUGAAAAAUUCCAUCAAAUAUUGACCGAAAAUGCAGAUUUUGCAACCACAGUGAAAAGAUCAAAUGUUCAUGAAGUUCGAUUCCUUGGAGUGGAUAACAUGAAUUGGAUGAUGAAUAGCACUAGUGUGGCGGGCGAGGAUAACUUCACUGUGCAUGGGAAAAAGGGGAAGUACGUCGGUUUGUUACAAAGAGUUGUGCAAGAGUUGAAUGAUUUACAAAUCACUUCAUACUCGAAAGGAUUAGCCGAUAGGUUACGCUGGACUGAGAGAAAAUGGAAGGUAACAAAUACAGAUAAGGAACUUGACUCAUUCGACCAUUGCAAGUUUAUGUUGGAAAAUAGUUCACCUACUCUUGUCCCAGAAGAAAUUCCACCUCAGGCUAACCAUGUACUUUUGAAAAGACUUCUCAAGGCCAAGCGUCAAGUUCUUUAUAAACCAAUUCAGUAUUCCUUUAUUUGUGAACCUCAAAACCCUUUCCAUCAAGCAUUGAUGAGACUCAAUCUGAGUGAGCAAGUGGAUGAAGCACUUCAGAAAAUCAAUGAAGAAGUGAACAACUUAGAACAAGUACGUUUCAAGUCCACCACCAAUGAACUUCUGACAAAUUAUCGUGAAUAUCUUCUUGAAAAAAGUGCUAGCAUUAUGAAGCGGUCAGUUGAUCCCCAAGUUGAAUUUGUAGAGAAACUAAUCAGAUUUGAUGAUUCCAAAAGAAUAUUUAGAAAUCAAGAAAGAAAGCUAGUCACCGUGGGAGCAUUCCCAGUGGUUGAACAACGCCACAAAUUUUCACUUAUUCAGUACCAAAGUGGUAAAAUCCGUGAUAUUAAUAUGACGAAGAAUAUCCCAAACAAAGCCGAUACCGUUAAAAUGUUUGUCAGAGAAAUCAAUGUGACAAACCAUAAUCUUAAGAAUUUCCAUAAAAUGUACUUGAAGCAGAAAUUUGCCCAAAGAUUGUUACUGAAUGAUACAACCCAGAUUUUCACAAGAAUCAAAAAGACUAUAGAUCAAUUCAGAAUUCAUAAUCCAGAUAAUCAUGAAGCAUUUGUCGUGGUUGUUCCUUCUUACAUCAAACGAGACUCCAUUACAGAUGCUAGAUUUACUUGGAUUGGUGACGAAACAUCGUCUGCAGAAAACACAAAGCAUACUGUUGCGUAUGCUGACGACUUAAUUGGAUCCAAAUUACCAAGCAAAAACCUCAUGGUGUAUUCUACUGAUAGCUUGAUACCGCAACUAGCAGUUUCCAAAUACACUAAAGAAUCUUUUAAAAAUAUAUCUGGAAUUGAUAGUCCAAUGGCCGACCUUUUUUACUUCUACUUGCUCAGAAUGUCUCCGGAGUCACAGGGUCAUCUCGUGGUGGUGCUGGACUCCUCCGCGUCGCUCGACCUUCAAAGAUUGGCGCAUAUCGUACUCUACAACAAUAUUCAAGAUGAUGUUGAGUCUGUACACAUAUUUCCUAGUAAUAAGUUGGAAGUUGACCUCUCGUACGAACUCACCAAUGAAAUGGUUGAAGAGAAUGCAAAGACCUUGGUCAAGGCGACUGCUAAAAUUAAAAAGCUAAAGUCUUAA